UGGGAGAUAGCGGUCAGGUUACUACUAGAGGCCGAAAGGAAAAUGAAGUUCACUGUAGCUCUUCUGGUUAUAGCGGCCUUCGUGGCUGUCCAGGCGGCUCCAAGAGCAAACCCCAACGUCAUCAUCUCUCAGUCAUCUAGCAGUAGUUCUGAAAACUCGAGCAGCAGCAGUAGCAGCAGUAGUAGCAGCUCCGAAAUCGAAAAUAAUGGCCUGUCCAGCAUCUCCUCCAGUAGCCAAUCAUCUCAGAGCAGUUCCGGAUCCAGCUCCUCCCAAAGUAGCUCAUCCGAGAGCCUGAUUGACGGCGGUUUGAUUUCUCAAAGUAGCCAAUCCGCUCAGAGUUCAAACUAUGCUGCAUCUAGCUCAUCUUCCCAACAAUCGUCUCAGAGUUUGAUCAAUGGUGGAUCAUCCAUUAUUAACCAAGCAUCUCAGAGCUCCAACAGCGCUGGAUCUAGUUUAGCUUCACAAAGUAGCCAAGCUUCUCAAAGUGCAAACAGUGCUAGCUCAUCUCAAAACUCCAGUAGUGGAAGUAGUAGUUCAAACAAUGCCAGUAGUGGAAGUAGUAGCUCAAACAACUCUAGUGGUAGCAGCAGUUUAAACAACUCUAGUGGUAGCAGCAGCUCAAACAACUCCAGCGGCAGCAGUAGUUCAAACAACUCCAGUGGAAGCAGCAGCUCCAACAACUCCAGCAGUGGAAGCAGCAGCUCAAACAACUCUAGUGGAAGCAGCUCAAACAACUCCAGUGGCAGCAGCAGCUCAAACAACUCUAGUGGAAGCAGCAGCUCAAACAACUCCAGUGGAAGCAGCAUCUCAAACAACUUAAACGGUAGUUCCAACAACUCUAGUGGAAGUAGCAGCUCAAACAACUCAAGCAGUAGUUCCAACAACUCUAGUGGUAGCAGUAGCUCAAACAACUCAAGCAGCAGCUCAAACAACUCUAGUGGUAGCAGUAGCUCAAACAACUCUAGCAGUGGAAGCAGCAACUCAAACAACUCAAGCAGUAGCUCAAAUAAUUCUAGCAGUGGAAGCAGCAACUCAAAUAACUCAAGCAGUAGCUCAAAUAACUCCAACAAUGGAAGCAGCAGCUCAAACAACUCUAGUAGCGGUAGCAGCUCAAACAACUCUAGCAGCGGCAGCAGCUCAAACAACUCUAGCAGCGGUAGCAGCUUAAACAACUCUAGCAACGGCAGCAGCUCAAACAACUCCAGUGGCAGCAGCAGCUCUAACAACUCUAGUGGCAGUAGCAGCUCAAACAACUCCAGUGGCAACAGCAGCUCAAAUAACUCUAGUAGCAGCAGUUCAAACAACUCUAGUGGCAGCAGCUCAAACAACUCUAGUGGUAGCAGCAGCUCAAAUAACUCUAGUGGAAGUAGCAGCUCAAACAAUUCUAGCAGCGGUAGCAGCUCUAACAACUCCAGCAGUGGUAGCAGCUCAAACAACUCUAGUGGCAGCAGUAGCUCAAAUAAUGCCAGUAGUGGAAGUAGCAGCUCAAACAACUCAAGCAAUAGUUCCAGCAACUCUAGUGGUAGCAGCAGCUCAAACAACUCCAGCAGUAGUUCCAACAACUCUAGUGGUAGCAGCAGCUCAAACAACUCCAGCAGUGGAAGCAGCGGCUCAAACAACUCUAGUGGAAGCAGCUCAAACAACUCCAGUGGCAGCAGCAGCGCUAAUAACUCCAGCAGCGGUAGCAGUAGCUCAAACAACUCUAGUGGUAACAGCAGCUCAAACAACUCCAGCAGUGGAAGCAGCAGCUCAAACAACUCUAGUGGAAGCAGCUCAAACAACUCCAGUGGCAGCAGCAGCGCUAAUAACUCCAGCAGCGGUAGCAGUAGCUCAAACAACUCUAGUGGAAGCAGCAGCUCAAACAACUCCAGUGGAAGCAGCAGCUCAAACAACUCUAGUGGAAGCAGCAGCUCAAACAACUCUAGCGGAAGCAGCAGCUCAAACAACUCUAGUGGAAGCAGCAGCUCAAACAACUCUAGCGGAAGCGGCAGCUCAAACAACUCUAGUGGAAGCAGCAGCUCAAACAACUCUAGUGGAAGCAGCAGCUCAAACAACUCUAGCGGAAGCAGCAGCUUAAACAACUCUAGUGGAAGCAGCAGCUCAAACAACUCUAGUGGCAGCAGCUCUAACAACUCUAGUGGAAGCAGCAGCUCAAACAACUCUAGCAGCGGUAGCACUGCUGGCAAUAGUUCUGGCAGUAGCAGCAGCAACUCCAGUGGUUCCAGCGGCAUCAGCAGUCUUUCCCGUAACUCCUCGUCAAGCAGCAGUAGCCAAGCAGCCGGCAGCAGCAGCAGCAGGAGGGUCAGCGCCGACGGCAGCAGCUCCAGCUCAAGCGCAUCCAACUCUGCCGCAUCCCAAAACAGUGCAAGUAGCAGUGAGACCAUCAACGCUGACGGUAGCGAAAACGAAUCCAGCAGUUCUAGCAGCAGUGCCGCCCAGAACAGCGCCAGCAGUAGCCAGGUCAUAAACGCUGAUGGCAGUCAGAGCAGCUCGAGCUCCAGCAGCAAUGCGUCGAACCAAGCCAGCGCAACUUCCUCAUCGUCAGUCAGCGCUGAUGGAUCUGAAACCGAAAGCAGCAGCAGCUCUUCAAGCUCCUCAAGCUCUUCUAGUGAAUCGUCAUCAUCCUCAAGCUGGUCCAGUGCAUAGAUCACUCGCUUGUGUCGUACCUUACACUAAUUGACUUUGUUACAUUGAUUGUCGAAGUCGAUUAGCAAUUAACUUGGCAUUCUUAAAAGGCUAUGUUUUAGAAUAUAUACUGUAGUUAUUUGACCGAAGAAUACGAGUAUUGAAAAUAAUAAUAAGAAAUGUUGUUAAAUGAUCAAAAUAUUUUUGAUAGAGUAAAAGUAGAAUUAAAUUUAUAGAGCGUACUCUUCUAGCCAUCAAGCAAUUAGUUGUAAAUGAUAAAAAAUAGCACUCGAAAAUAAAGAAUUUAUGGGCAUCAGUAA